CAUUUAUUUUAGAAAGUGAGCUUCAAAAUCGAAAAGAAUUUAAAGGACCUCCAGGAAUUCAAGGACAAAAAGGAGAAAAGGGUAAUCCAGGUCCUGAGGGCCCGGUGGGUCCAUUCGGGAUUACAGGAGCACAAGGACCCAAAGGGGAUAUUGGAAUUCAGGGUCCAAUUGGUCCCCCAGGCCCACCCUGUCCUCUUUGUCACUCGGACGGACAAUUUACUUUGUUGGAGAAAAACUCGUUCGAUUCUUUAGAUGAUUCUCACAUAAAUAAAAAAAGCAUGAAAAAAGCAUUUACAGACGUUAAUAAUAAAUUUGAAACCUUCCCUAUGGACGCUCAUUAUGGUCUGAAGGGAGAAAGAGGACUGGAAGGACCCAUAGGACAACCAGGAGCUGCUGGUAAAAGUGGACUUCCUGGCCCCCCGGGGAGAGAUGGACCGCAGGGUCCACCAGGAUUAGUUGAAAAUUUCAUGAACGUAGAAUUAGUUGAAAGCAUCUGUUUGCGAAUUUUUUCAGAGAAAAUAUCAGAAUUAACGGAAUUAAUGCAAACAUCCCAGAAUUUUGUGGAAAAUCGACCAAGAAGACGAGGUCCUCCUGGUCACCCUGGACCACCAGGCAAUCCUGGUUUACAGGGCGAACCAGGACCAAUGGGUCCUCCUGGCUUAGAGGGUUUUACUGGAUCGCCUGGUUUAGACGGCCAGAGGGGUGAGAAAGGAGAAAAAGGGGAUAAAGGAAUUUCAAUACAAGGUCCAAUUGGUCUUCAAGGACCUUCAGGAAAUCCAGGCCUUAAUGGCAAGCCAGGACCAACUGGAAGAGUUGGUGAUCAAGGGGAGCCUGGAAGACCAGGUCAACCGGGUUCACAUGGACAGCCAGGAAUAAUGGGUCCCCCUGGAUUUUGUGAAUUUUGCAAUUAUCCAAACGUUCAAUUCAGUUACAAUAAAAAGGGACCGUAAAUAUUUGUAUUUUUACAAAGUGUUAUACAAAAAUUUAUCUUGAAAUUUAUAAUUUCAAAACAUUUGUAUUUGAAUUGCUUUUAUUUAUAAACUAGC